GCAAACACGGAGCAACAGCUGCAGGCUGCAGCAGCGACGCCAAUAUAUUCUGUAUAGGAAGCAGCGCAACAUCCAGACACAUCUGUGCGUGAGAGAGAAGGUUUCAGCUCUGAACCUUCGCUCAUUUCUCUCUUCUUUUCUUUUCUUUUUUUUUCUUUUUUUCUUGUUGCCUGCAAGCAAGUUUGAGGGUUUCACACGGUUAUCAGGAUGGCAGCAGCAUCCACGGAUUCGGGACAGGGCUCAACCAAGAUAACUCCUGAAGUGCUGCAGGAGAUGCUCCAGUACUACAACAUGAGCCGGCAGGAGUUUAUCAACACUUACAACAUCCAGCCGCUUGUUUACAUCCCCGAGUUGCCGUACAGCGCCAAGACCACAUUCGUGAUCAUGUACAUGGUUAUCUUCGUCAUGGCUCUGGCUGGGAAUAGUUUGGUCAUAUAUAUAAUUGUGAAGAAACGAGCGGUACAGACGGCGACAGAUAUUUUCAUCUGCUCUCUUGCGGUCAGCGACCUGCUCAUCACUUUCUUUUGCAUACCUUUCACUCUGCUGCAGAACAUCUCGUCGGAAUGGUUCGGGGGAGUUCUGGUUUGUAAGACGGUUCCUUUUGUACAGACUACCGCUAUAGUGACAGGCAUCCUUACCAUGACGUGCAUUGCCAUUGAGAGAUACCAGGGCAUUGUCUUCCCGCUGAAAAUGAGGAGGCAGUACUCAUCCAAAAGAGCAUACAAGAUGCUAGGGCUGGUAUGGAUCGCCUCAGUGAUAGUGGGUUCGCCAAUGUUGUUUGUGCAACAACUAGAGGUGAAGUACGACUUCUUGUAUGAUCACUACCACGUCUGCUGUCAGGAGAGCUGGCGCUCUCUGACUCACAGGCAGGCGUACACCACCUUCAUCAUGGUGGCUCUUUUCCUGCUCCCUUUGGCAGCCAUGUUGUUCCUCUACACCCGCAUUGGCAUUGAGUUGUGGAUCCGCAAGAGGGUGGGCGACUCCUCUGUCCUCAACACCAUGAACCAGAGGGAGAUCAGUAAGAUCUCAAGGAAAAAGAAAAGAGCCGUUAAAAUGAUGAUCACUAUUGUUCUGCUAUUCACCAUUUGUUGGGCACCUUUCCACACGGUCCACAUGUUGUUUGAGUACUAUGACCUUGAGAAGAAAUAUGACGGAGUCACACUGAACAUGAUCAUUGCCAUUGUUCAGGCCAUUGGGUUUUUCAACAGCUUCAACAAUCCCAUCGUGUACGCCUUCAUGAACGAGAACUUCAAGAAGAGCUGCGUCUCCACCCUCUCCCACUGCAUCCGAAAGCCGAACCAGCAGGUUGCCGCUGUGGUGGCGCCCAAACUAAGUGUGCAGUUCAUCAAGCCCCAGAGUAGAGAGGCCUUCCUCGAAUCAGAUGAAGACAACAGCUCUAAGCAGCACUCAGCAGAGAAAUGCCCUGCAAGUUCAUCGCAUGGAGAGAGCUCACUGGAAAUAAUAGGAGAGAAAAUCUCCACCAUCCAAACAGAACUCCCCGCAAACAGCUCCUCUCAAAUGAAAUGAGAAGGGACCAGCUCAAAGUUCAGAUGUUUAAGAUGUUGAACUCCACCCUCCUGUUUUCUGUCAGUCACCUGCAGGUGCCUCAGAUGCAAUUUCAAGUCUCAAAGACUCAAAAAGUCCAACAGCUUGAAAACAUAACUCUGCUGGAGCACCAUAAGCUAGCCAGCAGGAAGGAAAUGAAGGAAUUUCUGCAAAGAGGCAGUGAAGACUGAGCUGGGUGUAAUCUGGCCCAGUGGUCAGACAAUGAAACACUACUUUGUCAUCUGAACCUAACCCCAUUUCUGUUGAGAUAUCUCUUAAAUCUGCAGGACAUUCUGCAGUUAAUGAUGUUUCAAACUGAUACCACUGUGGUAUUAUGGCACACUUUGUACUGUUUCAAACAGAAAACACAGCAGGACUUGAGCCAUGCUUUUAGCAGCAAAGAAUGACUAAGAUGUCUCAGCUUUUUAUUGCGUUGCUAAAUGUGCAUUAAUUGAAGAUGUGCAGCUAUUGAGCGUUGGUCGACCGAGUUCAGGUCAGGUCAAUUGAAUUGCAGAUGUUUAUUUUAAUAUGGUGAGACGGACCGUUUUUGGUGUUAAGCCCCUUUUAUUAUUGUGCAAGUUGUCAGAGCAGCUACUGCUUUGCAUUUUUCAUUCAGUUGAAUAACUAUUAUUUUAUGUAAUUUAUUUUUACUGCUAAAUGGAGUAGUUAGGAUCAAUAGACGUACAUGUAAAGGUUUGAAUAGAGGACAGUCCACAUGCCUUAUGCCAAAACAUCAUUAUCACAAACACAGCAGACAAAUUGUUUAAGUAUUAAUGUGUUUGCUUAGUGCUGUGAAAUACUUUUGUUAUGUUGGUAUAUAAAAGUGGCUCAAGUGAAUGUUAUAAUUUCGGUGUAUAUUUAAAGUUAGUUACGCGCUCUGUAAUGAUACGUUUGCUAAUAACAGCUUGGCUUUUAUUCGCAAUUCUGUGCAAGUCGUUGAUUUUAAAAGAUGUUUAUUUGAAUAUUUUUUCUUCUUUGUAUUUUCUUUUUCUUUUUUUAAAUGCAGAUCAGAAUGCCAGCGAGCCUUCUGGCAUUCUCUAUUUUAUUUUUACAUUAAAUAAAACUACCUAUUAAAACUUGUUUCUUUGUUUUCAGCACACAUCGGGUUAGAAUUCAGUAAAUCUGUCUAUUCAGCUGCCACAGUAAUCCAUAUUAUGGCAACAACUACUCAGCUAAGUCAAGAGAAAUGACAGUUCAUCAUUACUUAAGACAUGAAGGUCAUGUAUCCUCAUGUGCAAUUACAAAAACCACUCAAGAACCUGGCUCUCAUGAGGACCACCCCAGAAAAGAAAGACUAAUAGUUACCUCUGCUGCAGAGGGUAAGUUUCAAUAAGAGUUACCAGCCUCAGAAAAAUUAACGAGACCUCAGAUUAGAGCCCACAUAAAUACUUGACAGUUCAAAUGAGUUGAGGUAGCAGACACAUCUCAACAACAACCGGUCAAAGGAGCCCACAUGAAUCAGGCCUUCAGGGUCAAACUGCUGCAAAGAAACCA